CCCCCAACAAAUAGCCCGCGCGUCGCCCCGCAAACGAUCAUGAAGGCCGAGUACGUCGAGAAGCAGCGCGAAUACGAAGAGAAGAAGGCGCGGGCGAAAGCGCUACAGCUGCGUUUGACGUGCACAAUUUGUGGGGCGAAACCGAGAACCUUGCUGAAGUGUCCCUGCGGGACGACACAAUAUUGUAGUACAGACUGCCAACGGAUCGACUGGCGCGAGCGGGGCCACCGGAAGGCGUGCAAGAAGAUCCGGAAGCGCGCGGCGGAAGCGCCGACGCCCCCGCCGUCGCCGCCGCGGGACGUGUUCUACGGCCCCGCGCCGCGGUCGCGCGCCGACGAGGUCCGCGCGCGCAUCGCGGCGGAACACGAGGCGGCCCGUGCCCUGCGAGAGGCGAACCCGGAGCAGGAGCCGACGUCCGCGCGGUUCGGGUCGCGGUGCCCGAUCUGUCUCGAGGAGUGGGACGUGAAUGCGACGCGCGUGUUUCGCGUCUGUUGCUGCCGGACGGUCUGCCAAUCGUGCGAGGACAAGAUCGGAAACGCGUGUCCCCUCUGUCGUCUGCCGCGCGCGGAAACUAAUGCUGAGCUGCUCGCGCGUCUUCGCCGCCAUGUGGAGAACGAGGUGCCGGAAGCGAUUGCGCAUUUGGCAAAUGCGUACAGCCGCGGUUACUACGAUCUCGUGAAAUCCGAUAAGAAAGCGGCGAAGAUUUACCGGCGCGCCGUGGAGCUCGGGGACGUGCAGGCGAUCGUGAAUCUUGGGACAUUGUACGUUACUGGAAGUGGCGUCAAGCUGGACAAGAAGAAGGCGGAGGAGCUGUUUCGCAUGGCCGCAGAUCGGGGCGACGCGUUCGCGCAAUGCAAUUUAGGUUUUUUACUUGAUUCUGAGCAGAGAUUUGAAGAAGCGUUCCGGUACUACGCGCUCGCGGCGGAUCAAGGCGAUACCGGUGCGGAGUGCAACCUUGGCUGUUGUUACAGGGACGGAGACGGCACGGAACAAUCCGCGAAGAAGGCUGCGAAAUUGUUCAGGCGAGCCGUGGAGCGUGGCAACCUGCGGGCCAUGUGCGCUCUCGCGCUGUUGUACGUACACGGCGAAGGCGUCAAGCAAAGCAAUCAGAAGGCGAAUCAGCUCUAUCGCAUCGCCGCGGACCGGGGGAGCGCUUUGGGCCAGUGCAAUCUUGGCAGUCGAUACGCGCUGGAAGGAAAAUUCGUCGACGCCGCGCGGUAUUACAAAUUAUCGGCAGAGCAGGGCUACUCUAAAGCUGAAUUCAAUCUUGCGCAAUGCUAUCACCAUGGAGACGGCGUGGAGCGGGAUUUGGAGAUUGCCAAGCGCUGGUUCGCUCGCGCGAGUGCCAAGGGCGACAGCGAUGCAAUGUAUUCUCUUGGAUUAUGCUGCGUCGACCUUUCCGGCGAAGUCACACAGAACACUGCGGAACACAUGCGGGAAGCCAUACGCUGGUUAGAGAGUGCGGUCGCCGCUGGCCACGAGACGGCCGGAAAGGUUCUUUCAGAUCUCCAAGCUUGGCUCCAGCGCUUCGAGUCAUCUCAAUGCCCGGGCCCAAGCGAACCUUCAAAUGCCCCGGCAGCGGCCGCGGCGACGCCGUCCGAGUCGCAAGCCGUGGCCGCGGCGACCGCGGAAUCGAAGGCGAAGGCAGCCGCGGCGAAGGCGGCCGUGGCGAAGGCAUGGGCGUUGACCGCGCCUUCUCGAAGAAAACAGAAAUAACGGAACUGUAGACU